AUGUCCAGCCAACAAACAUCUACCAAAGUUGACCAACCCCCGAAUCUUCAACCCGAGCGCCAAGCGGUUGAUCCCUCUCAAUGGGCUGUAGCAGCACCUUGCAGUAGCGAACAAUUCAAAACGAGAACGCACCAGAACAAGCCCUUUGCUCGACAAUGGAACCAUUAUUUGAGCUCGGAGUCUGCGAGUCGGACGGGAUCGACCCUUAAGAACGCCUUCAAACACCUGAAAAACCCCAACAUGAUCUCCUUGGGUGGCGGCCUCCCUCUUAGUGAUUACUUUCCGUUCGAGAGCCUAUCUUUGACCAUAUCUUUGCCCGAGAAACCGAAGUCCGAGAAAUCGCAGCCCGAGAACGGUGACUUGAAUGGUGCAAAUGCCCCCCUGCACGCUUCCAAAUGUGAUAUCAAUCAAGGCCGUAGUAUUUACGACUUGUCUGUGGCCUUGAAUUACAGCCAGGGAAGCGGUUCAGCCCAAUUUCUGCGUUGGAUCACUGAGCACACGGAGAUAGUACACGAUCCCCUCUACGCAGAUUGGCAGUGUACUAUGACGGUCGGGAACACAUCGGCCUUGGAUAUGGCUUUGCGAAUGUUUACUCAGCCUGGAGACUACGUUUUGUCGGACGAGUAUACCUUCGCGACCGCGAUGGAAACAGCAAAACCGAUGGGGGUCAAGUUCACAGGCGUGAAAAUGGACAAGGAAGGCAUGCGACCGGACAGCCUCCGGGAGACACUCGAGAAAUGGGAUCCGACGGCGCAUGCAAACAGCCGGAAACCUUUCUUACUAUACUUAAUCCCCACCGGCCAAAACCCGACGGGUUCGACUCAGAGCCUGGAACGUCGCCGAGAGAUUUACCGCAUAGCCCAAGAACAUGAUCUCAUCAUUCUGGAAGACGAUCCGUAUUACUUUCUGCAAAUGGAUUCUUUCUCACCGCAAGAAAGAGGAGAUCCGACGACAUGCGGUCCCCAGAAACCAUCAAACCUGCUCAAGUCAAUCGUACCGUCGUAUCUUUCAAUGGAUACCGAUGGGCGAGUGGUUCGCAUGGACUCCUUUAGCAAGGUAGUCAGCCCCGGGGUCCGGUUAGGAUGGCUCACUGCGCCCCAACAGGUGAUCGAGCAAUACAAGAACCACGCCGACGUUUCAACUCAAGGCCCUGGUGGUCUGAGUCAGCUGGCGCUGUUUAAACUACUAGACGAGCACUGGGGACACACUGGCUAUUUGGAAUGGCUCACACACAUUCGCAAGGAAUAUACAGAUCGACGGGACUUCAUGAUACAGGCUUGUGAGCGCUAUCUACCAAGAACCAUUACUAGUUGGGAGCCUGCUCAGGCUGGCAUGUUUCAAUGGCUCGCGGUAGAUUGGCGAAAACACCCCGACGCCAAGAUCAAGUCUGCUCUACAGAUCGAGGAGGAGAUCUGGCUUAAAGGCAUCUCAAAUGGAGCUCUCGUGGCCUGUGGAAGCUGGUUCCGUGCGACAGAAGACUCCUCUUGCAAUGAAGUCUUUUAUAGGGCAACCUUCGCAGCGGCUUCAUUGGAACAAAUUGAGGAGGCUGUGAUGCGCUUCGGGGAAGCUCUGAAAACAUGUUUCCAUCUGUCCGAUACAGUCGAAUGA